AUGGAGCCCAUCGCCGGCAAUCAAGGUCGCCGGGCAAAGCGCGUCAGGGCGGUAGAGGCCCUCAGCGAAGAACAGGUGCAGCGGAAGCGCAACGUCGACCGAAUGGCUCAGCGGGCUUUCCGGCAAAGGACCAAGGAUCGCAUCUCAGACCUCGAACAGCAGCUUGCGCACGCGCAAGAGAUGUCUAACCUAAAAGAUCAGCGGUUGUCGGCAUUAUGCGAGCACAGGAAUUUGUUGCUCCAGUUGCUCAACAACGGUGCCAGAGGUUCAGGUUCCAAUGCGCUCCACCCGUCGUCGUCGUCGUCGUUCGGCGAGGCUUUGACGGAUCGUCAGAUGGAUGCAGGCUCCUCCUCUCCGAGUAGCCCACCCCCCAGCGGGUCACCCGCUGUUUUGUCAAACGACCUACGGAUAGAAUGCUCCAUGUGGCGAGGGCCCGUUUCUCGCAUCUCGAGGCUCGGCGGCGGCGGCGGCGCCGACGACGGAGACCCUCCGAGCCCAUUCCCACAGACUACGCGUGGCCAUGCUGCAGCACACCUCAUCGCCCCCCUUCACUUGCCUCCCACAUGCCCGCUAGAUCACAUCCUUUCGGACUUUGUGGCUUCGCGCAGGGCAAUGGUGUCCCGAGGGGCUGCGCUCGAGGUUGUGCUUGGAGAUCCCAGGCCGUCGGUCAAGGCGCUCUUCGACGAGGCAUCCGCCGCGUCUUUGCACCCGCUGAGUGCUCUGUUGUCCAAGGUCCUGGCAACAUUCCCCGGACUCAAGAGACCGGAAAGGCUGGCCUUCUUCUACGUCAUGAGCCUGACGAUAAAGUGGCUUGUAUCACUCGACAGAGACCAUUACAUUGCUCUACCAGCCUGGCUACGGCCGACAGUGACGCAAGUUGUAACCAAGCACCCGAUUUGGCUGGAUAACAUUCCAUGGCCGGGCGUGCGUCAUGUUCUCGUGGAAAGGUCAGAACAACUGUCACACCCGGUAUUCUCUCCUCACUUUUCGUCCAACGUCAGCGUCAACUGGCCCUUUGACGUAACAGACGCGGUCUCGGUCGUCGGGGGCGAGACCGUCCUGCACUCGAUAUUCGAAAAGCACGUGAGGAACCUGAAGAACUGGACAAUGUCGCCCGAGUUCAUGGCCAGGUUUCCGGAAAUGGCAGCCUCUGUCGUGUCCCUGGAAUGA